UCCGCGGCGGGUGUGCUGGUUGGUGCUGGAUGAGAGGAGCUGUACGCGACUGGGCGCGCGGGCUUCGCGGGGCCUGCCCGAGAUACCCUCCUGCACACGUUACGCGCCACAGCCGCUGGGACAUCUUGGCCUAUCUGGUUGACACCUGGGACCUGGACAUCGAGGCCGUCAACCAGGACUACAAGCGGGCUCUCUCUGCACGAGGCUGCCUCCAUGGGACAUCCGGACUGCGUGCUGUACCUGCUGGCCCCGGGGGCCGCCGGAAACAACCUGACCAAGCCCACCUGUCAAUGACUGCAGGAAAGAAAUUAACACAUUCCCUUCAGAGGCUGAUGUGAACCAGGAAAGGUUUGACUCUACUCUUUCUCCUUUUAGUGUAACCCAAGCCUGAAUUCUAACUCAGGCAAGAUGGUUCUUGGGGACAUGAGUCCACCAUUAUCUUGAUCUACCAGCUUUCCAAACAAAAUUGCUAUUCCUUGCCCCAACAACUCAUCUCUUGAUUUAUCGGCCCAUCUUGUAGGAAGCAAUAGGACUUGGUAACACGAUGACCCUACCUAUGUCUAAGGCCUUCAAGUGAGUGUCAGCUCACUGGCUGGUGCUGCUGUAUAGAUAACAGUUUACCAGAGAUCUCUUCCUUGCAGACGAGGCAAAGUCUAUGCCAGUUGUAAUGAGCAUAACUACCUGUACUCAGGUGUGUCCUGGGGAGGAGGACAAAAACUUUAUCCUUCUAGGUUCAUCUGGCUGGUUAAGAAGCAACUUAACAUGAGACAGAUUAACAGGAGAAAAGCAAACAAAAGCUUAACAGCAUGUAUACUUCUGUAUACAUGGGUGAGAACCAGAAAACCUGAGUAACUCACCAGAAUGGUUGAAACCCUCACCUUAAAUGCCAUCUUCAGCUAGAAACAAAGGAGGAUGUUGUGGGUAGUGGUUUGGGACUAGAAUGUGGAGGAAGGUGAUUCAUGUGGAGAUGGAAAAGCAAGUGUUUGGAACUCUGUAAAUAUCUGUAGUUCCCGUGACCACACCUGGCCCACAUAUUUUCUCAGUAUCUCUGGUUGUAGCUGUCUUCCUGGGCCAGGCCCUUUGUCUAAAAUAUUCAACAUUUAAGGAGGCAGUUAAAAGACUUUGAGUCUUUUUUGUUUCUUAAAAAUAUUCUGCCUAAAAUCAUUCUCUUGCCAAAGAGACACAUUUUGGGGUGACAAAUUUUGCUUCCCUACAAUACCCUGGAUCAGGUAGAAAAGGUUAAUAUGGAAACCCGAGGAGGAAGCCACCUUGCUUCCCAAAAUAGUCCCUGAAAUUUUGGGGGACUUGCUUAGAUUCCUGAAUCUAAGACUUGGGGGAGUUCAGCUGAGACCAAUUUCUUUUGCUCAGUCCGGGUCUUGCUGAUUAAAUGUUGCCCAAGACAAGCCAAAAGGAUUUGGUGCCCAUCAACUUCAAGUUUCCUUGCACUGGUUACAGUGGCUGCUGUUGGGCCUAGAACUCUUCUAGGAACAACGGGGGAAAUUGUGGGGAAAUAAACUUCCCUGGGAUUUCUCAGCGGUUUUGUAAAAAGCCCAGAUCUUCUGAGACUCUUCAGUGCAGACAUCUGCAGCCAUUCAUCUAGUUAAUAGCUCCAACCUGAAAG